AUGAAGUUCACCAAUCUUGCCCUCACCGGUGCUGCCAUCGGUCUUGCCAACGCCGGCCCUGUCUCGACACGUGCUAUUAGCGACGCCGACGUGCUCAACUAUGCUCUUACCCUUGAGCAUCUCGAGGCCACUUUCUACGAGGAGGGUCUCAAGAACUACACCCAGAAGGACUUCCUCAAGGCCGGCAUGAAGGACCCUUUCUAUGCCAACUUGAAGGAGGUUGCUUCCGAUGAGAAGCAGCACGUUGAUUUCUUGACCUCCGCACUCAAGGCUGCCGGCGCUUCUCCUGUUGCCCGCUGCACCUACAACUUCCCAUCCACCGAUGUCAACAGCUUCCUGGCCCUUGCCAGUGUUCUCGAGGGUGUCGGAGUCAGCGCCUACCUCGGAGCCGCAGCCUCCAUCAUGAGCGACACCUACUUGACAGCCGCUGGCAGCAUCCUCACCACCGAAGCCCGACACAGCGCAUACCUGCGCGCCGCGCUCGGUGAAGUCCCCUUCGCCCAGGCCUUCGACAACCCCCUCGACUUCAAUGAGGUGUACACCGUCGCCUCCCCCUUCAUCGUCUCGUGUCCCUCCAGCAACGGAGCGCUGCCCGUGAAGGCCUUCCCCUCGCUCAUGAUGAGCCCGAUGGAUGCCGUCAUGACAGGCUCGCAAGUGCACCUGAUGGCUGGCAGCGGCUUCAACACGAGCGCCAGUGACGUGAGCGCCGCCUUCAUCACCGUCACCGGUCCAGUCUGGGCUCCUCUCAAGUCCAUGGGUAAUGGAAAGUUCACCGUCACUGUUCCCAAGGGUGUUGCCGGACAGAGCUAUGUCGUCCUCACUCAGGGCAACAAGCAGGCCACUGAUGACAAUAUUCUUGCUGGUCCUGCUAUCGUCGAGGUAAAUUAG